UUUGUGGUAAUUCGCUAAAACAAAAACAAACGAAGUGAAUUUUUAAAGUUCAUGCCUACUUUGACCGAAAUGGCUCUCAUUUUGGCGUUUGUUCACCAACAUUGUAAAUUAUUAUAUGUGGAUAAUGAAUAAUAACAAGCUUCAAAUAUUAUGGAAGUUCGGUGGUAGAUUCUAGGCUACUAAAUCAAUUCAACCAGAUAAAUUAAAGCGGGACUCAUUUAGUGAUUAUGCCAUCAAUGACUGUUAAAUAAGGACUGAUGAAGGAUGUCGGACACAAGUAAUCUUGAUCCUGCUGCCCUUACUUCGAGGAAGGAUGAGAUUGCUCGCAGGGAGCUUCAACAAAAGCGACACUACUUUUUACAGAAGGAGCUUCAGAACAUGGCCAGAGAGCUCCCUGGAAAGUACCAACAGCGGAUGCCGUACAAUCUCCUGUCAAGUUUAGCUAAUGUCUUACUUGAUGACACCAUGUUUGAGAUAGUUCGGAGUCUUCAGGAGGUGCAACAACUGGAAGAGCGACAUCUGUCCAGUCAACGCAUCAAACUUGUCAAUGACCAUAAAGCACAGCGACAUGACCUUCAGAAAAAGCACAAAGAGAUGCUGCAGUCAUGUCAGACAAAACCUCACAACCUUCCAAUAGUGGAGAGUACCAUUGAGAGGGAGAAAAUUACACUUGAACGGCGCUGUGAAGAAGAGUUGAAGAAGCGAGAUAUGAAGAUCAUUCUUGAUCUGGACCAGAAGGUCAUGGAUCAGCAGGUGAUGCUGGAGCGAGCUGGUGUUCCUGGAUUCUUCGUCACCAAUAAAAAACAAGAUAUCCAGCUUCAGAUGUAUCUGCUGGAGUUCAUACAGAGACUCAGUCAUAUGGAUAUUCCCUCGUGACAUUUGUCACGUGAACUAAUACAGUCAUAAAGAUGUCACCUCAAUCUUAAUGGAUAAUUAGUUUGUAAAACAUCACCCUAAUCUUGAUGGUGACUUUGUCAUUCAAUUCAAACAUCAACAGGAUCUUUAUUACAAAGAUCUGGUUAUUUACAAGGUCAUUCCGAUUCUGUUAUUCAGUGAUUUAGUCAAUUGACAUUCACCGUCACUAGAUACAACAGGAAUCAUAUUUGGUCCAUGCUAUCAUCUACUUCACUGUUUAUGUAGACACCAAAGUAAAGCGUACUGAGAAGUGGCUGAAUAGAAUAUUUUGGAGACAUUCAGAUGGAUAUACUGUGACUUUAGCCGAAUGUGCAAUAGCCAGAUGUGAAAUUGUCAGGGACCCAAUAUUUCAUGAAUUUGAAUCUGAAAGUGAUUGUUUACUCAUUAAAGCACUGGUUAAGAAAAUGAAAUCCUUGUUUUCCUUUGGCAUAUGUCUUCCUGACUGUCAUUUUGGAAAAUAUCUGAUCUGAAUUGAAGUAAAUGAAAACAUGUUUACAUGUAAGAUACAUGUAUAUAUCAACUUGUGGUUGUUACCUCCUGUGAUAUUUCCACGGUUACAAAUGUCAUUAUCACGAUUAACAUUACACUUAGACUUUGUUUAUUGUAAAUGAACAUCAAGGAUACCCGUGUACUAUAUAAAGUGCCAAAUACCAAGAACUGCGGCAUCGUGGCUUCCUGUACAGAAUUUAAAUUUUGGAUUGUGUACUCAAAUGGAAAUAAUGGAACAGUAUGAUAGAUAUAUAUAUAAAUCAUGUAAUUGUUUCAGCAAAAUUAGAUGAAAAUUAUCAAUUGAAUGAAAUUUCUAAUUACAGUUAAACAGACUAAAUGUCUAUGUUUGUUAAAGAAUGGACUUGUUAAUUAAUGAACAGAUUUUCAGAUAUAUCCCAGGGUCCUGCUCUAACUAUUGAAAUGAUUUAUAACAUGGAUAUAUUCUUGAUCAAUUUGAUUUGGAUUUAAUUGAAAUAGAAGUAUCCACAUAGAUUGUUACCAUAACAAUAUACAAUAAAAAAAUAGUGAUAUGAUUAAUUAAUGGUCUCGGACUGAUAAUUGGUAUGUUAUUGCAAUUGUUUAACAUCUUAAUUCAGUAUAGUGCUUCAUGGGUAUUUCUUUAUCUUAAUGUAUGCAAAUUUCACAUGCAGAUUACAAGGUACGUUUUGUAAAAGGAUAAUGAGGAGGAUUUUUAAUAUCACUUCAAUGUUAUAUUAUAAUCUUAUGUUGUCCAUAUGUUUGUUCUAUAACAUGUAUACAAACAUCAUCAGAACGUUUGUAUGUUGAAUGUAAGGGAUAAGAUAUAAAUUGCCAGGAUUAGGUACAUGGUGAUUUGUCUCAGUUGUACUACUCUGAAAUGUAUGCUGCAUGUAUUAUGAAAAAAAAAUGUG